ACUCAUCAACACACGGACGCGUGUAUGGAAGUCCCGUCCCGAAGAUCCACGAAUCCAACUCAAGCCAAAAGAAAAAAAAAAAAAGAAAUGUCAGCAAAAGAAGGAAAAGAAUGCAGCCGCAGCCUUUUCAUCCGCAACCUGAUCAUACAGUGCUGGCAGAUUAAUUAAGGCGAGUAUUGGCCCAUUCUUGAUGAUUUGGCAUGAUCAUGAUCGCUCUUUCCCUUUCUAGAUCACUGGAUUCUAUGCUCACUGUACCUUUAGCAGAUCUUGGGGCGAUGAUUGAGCGAACAGGAAGACAUCCUUCCCCGACUCCCUCCCCCCCUGUCAAGCUUGAGAGGAACGAGCUCCUUGGUGUCAGGAGUCUACUAGUAGGAAUUAGGAGACGCAACGGAAGUAUGACUGGGGUUUGGAUAUAUACGUUGGAGCUAGACGGAUCCUUCGAGCUGUUGCACCUGCAGAAAUGGCGCAGAUUUUAUAUGAAGGGACCACUUAACUCCCAAGUAGUAUGGCCGUCGGAUGGGUCGCAGACUAAAGAACUCGGCGCUUCAGUUCAAAGUGUCUCCGUUUUCUUUUCUUUUUCUUUUUUUUUUUUUAUUCUCUUGCGCAUUGAACCAGGUUCUCAACCUUCCGUCUACACCUUUUAUUUUUUUCCAGUUUUAUCCCCGGCAGAGGUGAGAAUACUAGCUUCAGUUUUGGCGUUUGUUGCGGAUGAAGCAAAAAAUCAUCCAUGGCGUCAUUGUGGAAAUAUUCUCCAAGGUGUUAGUAAGUACCAGGAGUCUAGAGCAACUGGGUACCUUUUCCCGAAGGAGGCGACCAGGCUAUUUACCCGGGUAUACCAAGCAGUGCCUCACUUUUAAAAGGGAUAGAUAGUAAGAGGUAGUAGUAGUAGAUAGAUAUUUAGAAGUGCCUGACUUGCGACUGCCACAUUUCAUGCUGGCAUACCGUUGUAACCCAAACUUCCUCUAUAUCACAU